AUGGAUCAAGCAACUCUUGACUUUGGUCAGGCCUUGGACUUUGUAACACUCUUUGAAGACGAGACAUCUCGAUGGGAUGCAGUCACCUCACGCAAUACCAAUGCGGAUGGCUUCUUCGUCUAUGCAGUUCGCACUACCAAGAUAUUCUGCCGGCCAAUCUGUAAAGCCCGUCUUCCCCGCCGAGCAAACGUCUCAUUCUUUACCCAUGGCUACGAUGCCCAGAAAGCUGGCUUCCGUCCUUGCAAACGCUGUAAGCCCGAAGUAGCAGGGUUCAUGCCAGAAGAAGCAGCCGUACGAAAGAUCCGGGCGUUUGUGCAACAACAAACAGAGAAACAGGGCGAUGCGGAAGUCAGGCUGAGCCUGAGUCAGAUGGCGAAGCAGACUGGGUUGUCCAAGUGGCACUUUCAUCGAGUGUUUAAGAAAUGUGUUGGUGUGACGCCAACAGAAUAUCUGAGAAAACAACGACAAGGUCAAGGGGCCCAGAGUUUGUUGGAAAAUGGAGAAACAAGUUGGAUUGAUAAACUGGACUUCGAAACUCUGGGCCAAGAAGACUUUGACUUUGCUUCUUGGGAUGAAUCUGUGGUUGAUUCAGGGUACGCAACUACAGAAACACCAUCAACAACUCUCAGUGGCAGUCCAUGGUCUAUCGAGGAAUUCUUAAUAUGGCCAGAAGAGAAUCAAUUGAUGCCUGCCUGA